AGGUGAUCACUGGAGGUCAUUAUGAUGUUGACUGUCGGUUGGAAGAUCCUGAUGGCACUGUAUUGUACAAAGAGAUGAAGAAACAAUAUGAUAGCUUCACGUUUACUGCAUCCAGAAAUGGAACAUACAAAUUCUGCUUCAGCAAUGAAUUCUCUACUUUCACACACAAAACUGUGUACUUUGAUUUCCAGGUUGGAGAAGAUCCACCACUGUUUCCUAGUGAGAACAGAGUAACUGCACUUACCCAGAUGGAGUCUGCGUGUGUUUCAAUUCAUGAAGCUUUGAAGUCUGUCAUCGAUUAUCAGACUCACUUCCGCUUGAGGGAAGCGCAGGGCCGCAGCAGAGCAGAGGAUUUAAACACGAGGGUGGCCUACUGGUCAAUAGGGGAAGCAAUCAUUCUUCUUGUCGUUAGUAUCGGGCAGGUAUUUCUCCUCAAAAGCUUCUUCUCGGAUAAAAGAACCACAACAACCCGUGUUGGAUCAUAACUCGUAGUGGUAAUGCUUCAGGUCUUUGUGUGCUACUACUCAUCUGUAAAAAUCAGUUUUCCAAUUAAUUGCAGGUACAAAGGAUCUGAAUAUAUGCAACAUUCAAAUGUGUCUACCCCUCAUCCCUUAAAAAUCACAAAACAGACCCAAAAUACUAUGAAGG